AUGGCCAACACUUCUCCUGCCCCGCCUUUCAAAGUCAAGGCACUCUUCGACUACUCCUCGCCACACGACGACGACCUCAAUUUUCCCGCCGACGAAGUCAUCACCGUGACCGAGGAGGAGGAUGACGACUGGUACUAUGGCGAAUAUACCGACAAGGCUACCGGCGCUCUCAAGCAGGGUAUCUUCCCCAAGAACUUCGUCGAACGGAUCGUGGUCGAGCUACCCCCGAGACCAACGAGGCCCGGCGGCGGUGCAAGAGGUCCAAAGAAACCUGCGGAUGAAAACACCCAGCAGCAGCAGGAGGAGUAUGGGGGCAAGUCCCCCCCGUACCAAGCACCGCCCCCUCAGGACUCGUCCCCGCCCGCCCCUACGGUUAAUACGGCUGCGGCAGUGAGUAGGCCGAGUACUAGUUCAACGAUAGCUUCCCCGGUUGCAAGGGAGGCGCCGAAGCAGAUGGAGGUUAGGUCGCCGCCGCGUGUUGUGGAGGAGCCAAGACCUGUACAAGUGCAGCAACAGGAACGCCCUACGCCGGCUUCCCCGCCGUCAGCUCCAAGGCAGGCAUUCAACCCCAGGCCGCAGGUACCAACGAGCACCGAAGAGAAGAAAACUGGUGGGAACAAACCGCCGCCGCCAGAGAAGCCGAGCUCGUUUAAAGAUCGGUUGGCGCUGUUUAAUAAGGUUUCGACGACCCCGAUUGCUCCGUACAAUCCGCAUAGGCCCCCAGUCAAUUUUAUCAAAAAGCCGUUUGUGGCUCCCCCGCCGAGCAAAAAUUCCUAUGUGCCUCCACCAACACAGCAUACCCAGAGGCCAAAGCGUGAUGAGGAUUCGAACUACAUUCGUGCAGAAGCAACAGAGGAUACAUCUAGGAUGUCCCUAGAUCAGGAAAGAGAUAAAGAGGAGGAGAGGCCAAAAUUGGCGCUCAAAGACAGGAUUGCAUUGCUUCAGACUCAGCAGUUGGAUCCAUCCGGUGUUCCUGGUGGAAAGCAGAAACGACCCCCAAAGCCGAAAAGAACGGAGAGCGAUCAGACUGCUGGAGAGGGAAAUACUGAAGGGACUGGUCACAGUUUGGCGGUCCAGGAGGAAUCUGUUCAAGAAAGGUCUUUCGAUUCGGGCCGGGAUCAUGACAUGGAGGAACAUGAACCGGCUCAAAGACAAAAGAAGAGUCUGGAUAUCGGGCGUGAUGACAAUACCAGAGCAGAGUCCAGCGCAGGUGAUGCAGAUGCAUCAUCCAUUGCCGAGGAUCAGCCUCCCGUUGUCCACAGGCCUCGACCCAAUGUACCUACUAGAGAAGAUAAGUCUGAUGACGGAGAUGAUGAGGGUGCCAAUGACGAUACUCCAGACGUUGCCUCUGACGAUGAAGAGGAAGAGGUGGAUCCAGAGGUUGCGAGGAAGCUUGCAAUUAGAGAGAGAAUAGCUAAAAUGAGUGGUGGUAUGGGUAUGCAUGGCAUGUUUGGACCUCCAAUGGGCAUUCCAAUGGGCGGUCCUCCGCCAGCACCACCAAAGAAGAAGAAGACCUCUCCUAAGCCAUCCAGAGAGGAAGAGGAUCCCAGAGAAACACACGAGGCUGCGGAGUCAACAGAGGAAAGACCAAUGAGCAGCGCUUCCCAAUCUCACCAGCAGCAGCCAGUAGCACUUCCUUUCGCCAUGCCGAGAGUUCAAUCCCCACCGGCUGUCGAAAGGCAACAGUCUGAUAGUGAAGAUGAAGAGCCUGUGAAGGAUACCGUUGGAACUGGAAAGAAAAUAUCCGAAGAGAGAGCUAGUGAUGAAGAGGCUGAUAUUGAAGAUUUGAAACCCCAACCACCACAGUCUCCACCGCAUCAUCCGCUGGGACCAAGGCCAAUGCCAGCUUCGCCAAAGGCCGAAAGGACUUUACCAGAAAGGGUUGUUCCAAUGUCUCCGCCCAUGUUACCACAAGAACGGCCGGUUCCCCCUCCCCCUCCACCAAUUCCAAGUGAGAGGCCUGCCCCACCAUUGCCCCCGACAGGACAGUUGCUUCCCCCAGCCGCUAUUGGUGAAUCGCCGACGGAAGGAUCUGCGUCUGAUGACGAGUUGUCUGCUCCUCCAAGUAAACUAUCAUUGGCAACUUCAGAUGUAGACGUUCAGCCACGUGGGGCACCGCCACCGCCUCCCCCGGGCCCUCCUUCUGUCCCAUCUGGUCGUCCUCAGUCAGGAUAUGGAGAUGCCAAGUCCCCAACUUCCCCUGCUUCUAAACGUGCCUCCCAGGGAUACUUUUCCCCUAUCCAGACCGCUUCGCCUACUCUCGCCCCUGGAAGUCCUCCUUCGGCAUUUAAUAAGAGAGCUAGUUAUCAGAGGGGCGCAGGUGGAAUGCCACCAGUUCCUGGCGGUUUUCCUGUGACUCCUGGUUCUGGCACUCCUCACCAAUCUCCUCAAGGUGUUUCUAGGGCUCCACCCCCACCACCACCGCCGAGUGGCCCCCCACCAAGACAAAGCAUUGAUGAUACUCGUCCUGGGAUGAGUGAAACUAGCGACUACGAUACGGACAUCGGAAACAAAGUGGCCCACCGGGAUGCACUUAAAAAGGAUCACGUCAAAGAGGAAGAUGAAGAGACGCCACUGCCAUCACCGGUAAUCACUCCUCAGGCACCACCUAGAAGCGUUCCCCCACCUCCCCUACCUGCAAAUCCCCCGCCGUCAAGAAAGGGAAGGCCAUCAGUGGACAUGCCCCGUGGCGCGCCGCCCCCACCGCCACCAGUGCAGACACAUGAGCAGGAGCAGUAUGAAGAUGAUGAUUAUGAUCCAUAUAAAUACGACUCCUCACGCUACGAGUCACCACCACCAGCACCUCCUAUUGCGCAGCCCUCAAUGCCCCCUCCACUUCCCCACCAAGCGUCGCCUCCACAGGAACGCUUGCCAUCUCGCGGGGGUAGCGGCCGUCAAUCAAUGGAUCAAUCGCGCCCCUCCCAAGGAAGCGGUAGGCGCUCAAUGGAUCAAUCGCGUCCUUCAGCUGAAUACGUAGCCCGCGACAUUGAGCUAGGUGAAUCAACCAAAUGGUGGACUUCCCCCAACACCCCUCCACCAAUCUUCCAAAACCGCCCUCGUGAGCUUUACUUUGAAGUCGAGGAGGUACCAUCUACCCGUCGUGGCGGCCGUACAACAAUAACCAAAGAUGUGUAUGUCCUCUUUCAUGACUAUUCUCAAACUGUCGUCACCGCCCGCUACGACCGCGAUGAACCACAAACUGCAAGUCUUGAGCAACGUCAUGAAGCACCCCCCCCUCAGCCACGCCAGGACCAGCUCGAAGAUUUCCAGGCCAAGUUCGGAGCCAAGAUCGCUGCUGGUGCAAAGGCCCGCGAGAAUACUGUUGUUGCCGGUGGCGACCCAGAAGCACUUAUCCGAGAGCUUCUUGAGCUUGCACCGGGUUAUCUCCCACCUGCUGGGGCAAGGUCAUAUGGAGCAUUGGUGUACGCUAAUCUUGCCAACGCCUCUGUACAGCAAUUCGAUGAGAUCAGAGCUGGUGAUAUUGUGACGUUCAGGAAUGCGAAGUUCCAGGGCCACAAAGGGGGCUUACAUCAGAAGUAUAACAUGGAGGCUGGGAAACCGGAUCAUGUUGCGAUCGUAGUGGACUGGGAUGGCACGAAGAAGAAGCUACGCGCAUGGGAGCAGGGUAGGGAGAGUAGGAAAGUUAAGAUGGAGAGCUUCAAGGUCUCCGACCUCAGAAGUGGUGAGGUCAAGGUGUGGAGGGUUGUGGGUAGAGAAUGGGUCGGAUGGGGUGCACAGCAGUAG